UGCCGUCCGCGGGAACGCAGCGCCCGCCCGGGCCCGAGGGCAGUGCCGCGCGGCUGGCCAUGAGCGGCGCUGGGGACGCGGGCUCGGAGGCCGGCGGGGCCGGGGGCCGCCCGGCGCCCGAGCCCCCCGGCGGCGCCCUCAGCGUGGACGUGCCGGGCCUGCUGGCGCAGCUGGCGCGCAGCUUCGCGCUGCUGCUGCCGGUGUACGCGCUCGGCUACCUGGGGCUGAGCUUCAGCUGGGUGCUGCUGGCGCUGGGGCUGCUCGCCUGGUGCCGCCGGAGCCGCGGCCUGAAGGCCAGCCGCCUGUGCCGCGCGCUGGCGCUGCUGGAGGACGAGGAGCGCACGGUGCGCCUGGGCGUGCGCGCCUGCGACCUGCCGGCCUGGGUUCAUUUUCCAGACACUGAAAGAGCAGAAUGGCUAAAUAAGACUGUAAAACACAUGUGGCCUUUUAUUUGCCAAUUUAUAGAGAAGCUGUUUCGAGAAACCAUAGAACCAGCUGUUCGGGGAGCAAAUGCUCACCUCAGUACCUUCAGCUUUACAAAGGUGGACAUGGGUUAUCAGCCCCUUAGGGUCAAUGGUGUUAAGGUAUAUACUGAAAAUGUAGACAAAAGACAAAUUAUUCUGGACCUUCAAAUUAGUUUUGUAGGAAAUUGUGAGAUUGAUUUGGAGAUCAAACGAUACUUUUGUAGAGCUGGUGUGAAAAGUAUACAGGUCCAUGGGACGAUGCGUGUGAUCCUGGAGCCGCUCAUCGGAGACAUGCCCUUGGUGGGAGCUUUGUCCAUCUUCUUCCUUAGAAAACCCCUUUUAGAGAUUAACUGGACAGGACUGACUAAUCUUCUGGACAUCCCUGGAUUAAAUGGUUUAUCCGACACUAUCAUUCUGGAUAUAAUAUCGAACUACCUGGUGCUUCCCAAUAGAAUCACUGUUCCUCUUGUCAGUGAAGUGCAGAUAGCUCAGUUGCGGUUUCCUAUACCAAAGGGUGUUUUAAGGAUACAUUUUAUUGAAGCUCAGGAUCUUCAGGGGAAAGAUACUUACCUUAAGGGUCUCGUCAAAGGAAAGUCAGACCCCUAUGGGAUCCUCCGAGUGGGAAACCAGAUCUUCCAGAGCAAGGUCAUCAAGGAGAACCUGAGUCCCAAAUGGAACGAGGUAUAUGAGGCUUUAGUCUAUGAACACCCUGGACAAGAAUUGGAGAUUGAACUCUUUGAUGAAGACCCGGACAAAGAUGACUUCUUAGGAAGUCUUAUGAUUGAUCUCAUUGAAGUGGAGAAGGAGCGCCUUUUAGACGAAUGGUUCUCACUGGACGAAGUUCCCAAAGGAAAGCUGCACUUAAAGCUGGAGUGGCUUGCACUAUUACCGGACGCAUCGAACCUCGACAAGGUGCUGGCAGAUAUCAGAGCUGACAAAAACCAAGCCAAUGAUGGUCUUUCUUCUGCAUUGCUGAUUUUGUAUUUGGAUUCAGCAAGGAACCUUCCGAGUAACCCAUUAGACUUUAACCCCGGUGUCUUGAAGAAGUCUGCAGUUCAGAGAGCUUUAAAGUCAGGGAAGAAAAUAAACAGCAACCCAAAUCCUCUUGUCCACAUGUCAGUUGGUCACAAGGCUCAGGAAAGUAAGAUUCGGUAUAAAACCAAUGAACCUGUGUGGGAGGAAAACUUUACUUUCUUUGUUCACAAUCCCAAGCGCCAGGACCUUGAAGUUGAGGUCAAGGAUGAGCAGCAUCAGUGUUCCUUGGGGAGCCUGAGGGUCCCCCUUAGUGAGUUGCUCACCAGUGAUGACAUGACAAUAAACCAGCGGUUUCAGCUGAGCAACUCCGGACCAAACAGCACCUUAAAAAUGAAGAUUGCUCUUAGGGUACUUCAUCUGGAAAAGCAAGAGAGGCCUUCGGACUACCAACAUUCAGCUCAAGUAAAACGACCUUCUGUUUCCAAAGAAGGAAGGAAAAUGCCUGUCAAAUCUCAAGUAUCUGCCUCUGGUAGCAGCACUGGUGGCAGCAGUGUGGCUCCACCCACACCAGUGCUGGGGAGCCACGAGGAGCCCAGAGUGGAGGAGGAGGCCCAGCCCCCGGACGCCACCCCUCCCAGGCAGGGAGACCUGGGCAGGAGCUCCUCCAGCCUCCUGGCCUCCCCCAGCCACGUCUCUGCCAAGGAGCCCACGCCCAGCAUCGCGUCAGACAUCUCCCUGCCCAUCGCCACCCAGGAGCUGCGUCAAAGGCUGCGGCAGCUCGAGAAUGGGACGACCUUGGGCCAGUCCCCGCUGGGGCAGAUCCAGUUGACAAUCCGGCACAGCUCCCAAAGGAAUAAGCUCAUCGUGGUGGUGCAUGCCUGCAGAAAUCUUAUUGCCUUCUCUGAGGAUGGCUCCGAUCCCUAUGUCCGCAUGUAUUUAUUACCAGACAAGAGGAGAUCGGGAAGGAGGAAAACACAUGUGUCAAAGAAGACAUUAAACCCUAUAUUUGAUCAAAGCUUUGACUUCAGUGUCUCACUCCCUGAGGUUCAGAGGAGGACGCUGGACGUAGCAGUGAAGAACAGUGGCGGCUUCUUGUCCAAAGACAAAGGGCUUCUUGGCAAAGUGUUGGUCGCUCUGGCAUCUGAAGAGCUUGCCAAGGGCUGGACACAGUGGUAUGACCUCACAGAAGAUGGGACGAGGCCACAGGUGGUGGCGUAGUCACGCUGGACGUGAGGCGUCUUUGUCUCAGCGCAUCUCGCCUCAACUUGGAACACACCUUCUUACAGAUGUACCAAGGCUAUUUUUUAUAAUCUCAUGUGUUGAAUUAUUCAUACCGUAAUAAUUUUAUAAGGCUGUUGGCAUUUUAGGCAGGGUUGGCAGAUAUUAUCGUCAAACUUCUAUGUUGCGUUUCCUCUAGUGCUUCACUGGGUACUGUUAUGUUCAGUACUGGGUGUCAGGUUAGGAGCAGACCAGAGCUUGCUUUAUUACUGCCUUGUUCUGCAUCACUGAAGGGCACUAGGUCAUGUAAAUAGACUGCAUUUUUAUAAUCUACAUACUAGCUUGGAUUCAGAAGAAAAUGGAUCAAGGAAAUACUUUCUUUAAAAGCUUGUUAAGUUCUUGUGACAAAUAAUCAUUCUCAUCUGUGCAGCAAAAAGCUCUCAGUGACCUGUUUUGCAUAUAUUUAAAAGGGAAAAUAGAAAGAUAAUUACCUUAAUUAGGCUUUAGCAUAUUCCUGCCCAUUACAAAUGAUCAAAGAAAGGAUUCAAAAUAUUAACAUUUUACAAAUUUAAAAUGUUAUUGAGAAGUCAGUGGAGGGCUGGUGAGGAAUACAAAGUAUCAAGAAAACUGUCAUGCUUUAUAAAUCAUAAUGUAUUUAUCUGAAAUGUCCUAUUUUCCAUUGCUUGUUAUAACUGAUGUGUGAAAUUGUACCGAGAUGCGCACCUGCUGGGCUGGUGAUGCAAACCUGUAUGCCGGCCCUCAGGAGGCUACAGAGCAGGCCCUGACUCGAGAACAAAGGUGUGCACGUUACACAAAGAUGAAAACAGACUUUCAGUGUUAGCAGUCCCGGCUGGAUGACCUACUACAAGGAAAGAAGAGCAGAGGAGCUGUUAAAAUCUUGCUUAACUAAUUUUACACGACAGUGCAUGUAUUUAUUCAAUAAAACUUUUGUGAUAGCUCA